AUGGAAACCACGGGCUUCUUGAACAGAGGGGAGAGGAAAACAACUGAUCCAGGCUCAGCAACAAAAGUGACCAGUGGUGACAAUACUGCGACCCGAAGACACAAGAUCUCAUUCACGGCCAUAUUGUCGUUCGUGGCGAUUAUCGCCCUGUCUGUCCUGACCGCGAUUGUCUUGCACGUCUCCAACGGUGAUGAUAUCGCAUCAUGGCCCGUGCAACCGUCUGUGUAUCUGUCUCUGAUAGCUGCUGGCCUCGGUCCCGCGGUCGCUUACAUAUAUGGGCAAGGUGUUCAGGUCGACUUUUGGCUGUUCUGUAUCAGAGGUGGAUCGCUGUCCCAGAUCGAUGACCGGUGGCAGGCGGGCGGAGACAUCGUCGCAGCCUCGCUGCUCUCCUUGCGACACCGGCGGAUCAGCCGCAUAGCUCUGGCAUGUGUAGCUGUGACAGCCAUGGCUGUUCAGGGAACCUUCCUGCAAAAUGCCAGCCGGGCAGUCCCAACACAACGCCGACAAACAGCCGUGAGUCACUUGAAUAUCGCGCCCGAACUUCCCAGCGAGUUCACCAGCACCUUUACCGGACGUGUCACCGAUUCCGCCGUCCUGAACCCUACGUUUGCAUCCGUCCUGCAGCAAUUCCAGGCACGGUCCACCAUGACCGUCAACUCGACCUGUGCUGGCUCCUGCUCCGGAACAGUUGCUGCAGCAGGUCUGGCCGCCACCUGUUCGACAUCCCCAUACAACUGGACGUUCGCCAACGAUUUCUACGAUAUAUACCCACCAGUACAAUUCAACGCAUUCAAUAUCUCGUUUGGACUGUCGCACGACACUGUCCCUGACGGCAACGGCGAUCCCCUCUAUGUGCCUAACACUUAUUAUCAGGUAUGGCGGAACAGUCGGCUGACCGUGGAUUUCUACGUCAAAGAUGGCCGACCAGCCACAAUGGAUGAAGGCAAUUCGGUCACGGUAGGAUUCCAUCGACGAUGUGUUCUUCGACCAGCCACCAUCUCAUACCCCGUUCUCAUCAGCAACUCCACGAUCAAGUUGCAAGGACAGAUGCUCGAGGAUGAAGCCUUGGAACUCCUCGAUGUUUAUGAGCGAGGGAGCUAUGGGUCUGGUUCGGGCACCACUUGGCUUGGCUAUGCAUCAACCGUGGCAGAGCUUUACGCAACAUAUGUCAACGUCAGCUAUGCCGGUGCCGCCGGCUACACCUACACCCGGUCCGGCCUCUUUGGCACUGCCUAUCUGGAAACCCUCGGAGAUGUAGCUAUUCCUGGUGCAAUGAUUGACGUCGCCUUUCGUGAUCCAACCAAAGACGUCCUCGAGGGGAUGCGGGAACUGACAUUCCGCAUGGCCCUCUCGGCAGCCCGAGACCCUGGCUCCGGAAGAUGGCUGGGCAAGCACAAACCGCCCGGGACCGAUACGAACACCAGCAGUCCGAAUUAUGGAGAUUACAACGCGAGUGUUGCAAGUGCCCUGCCCUUCAAUAUCUCCAGUCCGACCGUCGAAACGCGCAAUCUCACGGUCUACCGGACCGAUUGGGUCUAUGGGAGCCUCGGCAUUGCCUGGACGUUUGGGAUGCUCGUCCUCAUCGCGCCCACUUUCUACGGCUUCUGGCUGCUUGAAAGGCGUGUCUCUCUCAGUCCCUUGGAGACAGCCAAGGCGUUCCGCUCGCCGCUGUUGGACGACGUAGAUCCACGGGCUGAUCUGAAUAUGAUCCGUGCGCAAGCCGGUGACAUUCGAGUAAGAUAUGAGGAGUCAAGAAUGGAGGUGGUUGGAUAA